CGACCGCUUUUAGCGUUAGUUCAGUUCAAACCGGUUUUGCUUUGCGGUAAAUUCAGCAUGCAACUAGGUUAAAUCCGUCGUUAGAUGCUGUGAACCGCGAACCUUUUUUUAUAUUUUAUUUUACACAUCGACUGUCUAGUUACAAUAAUAUGAGUGACAACGAGAAAGAGUUCAGGGAGCAGGACUCACGGCCCGGCUCGAGGAGUGCAUCCCCUCGGGGCUCUGGGAAAUCCACCAGCCGCUCACCAGCACGCUCCAAAGAUGGCUCCCGACGUUCCAGGUCCAGAUCCCACUCUCGAUCCAGAUCAAAAUCCAGGUCCCGUUCCCACCGGAGUUCACGCAGACACUACUCCCGCUCUCGUUCCCGCUCCCACAGACGCCGCUCCAGGAGCCGAUCUCGUAGCUGGGAGUACCGCAGACGAAGGAGCCACAGCCGUUCCCCCAUGUCAAAUCGUCGCAGACACAUUGGCAACAGGGCCAACCCAGACCCCAACAGCUGCCUGGGUGUGUUUGGACUUAGUCUGUACACCACUGAGAGGGAUCUCAGGGAGGUUUUCUCUAAAUACGGCCCUUUGAGUGACGUCAACAUCGUUUAUGACCAGCAGUCGCGUCGCUCAAGAGGCUUUGCCUUUGUCUACUUUGAAAACUCUGAGGACUCCAAGGAGGCUAAGGAGCGUGCUAACGGAAUGGAGCUCGAUGGGCGUAGGAUCCGAGUAGAUUUCUCCAUAACAAAACGAGCCCACACUCCCACUCCUGGAAUCUACAUGGGACGUCCCACAUACGGUGGCGGCGGUGGUGGCGGCGGCGGUAGCAGUAGCGGUGGUUCAUCGCGGCGCACCUCAAGGGACUACGACAGGGGCUACGACAGGGGCUAUGACAGAGGGUAUGAACGUGACUAUGAUCGCUAUGACGACAGAGAAUACAGAUCGUACAGACGCAGAUCUCCGUCUCCUUAUUAUAGCAGAGGGUACCGCUCACGAUCCCGAUCACGGUCCUACUCACCACGUCACUACUGAGCAGCGAGAGAAGAAACAUGACAAAUUCAGUGUUAUUGCUUGGAUGCUUUUCUUUUUUUGACUGGAUAUUAUGUAUGUAAUUGGAAUUCUGGACUUGUUUAUGUAUUAAAGGUUUGAAAAGAUGGUCAUAACACGCAGUUUGUCGGAGAACCACAGUUUCAGUAGAAGAUCGGUUAUUAUCGAAUGUCUAGGAAGAAUCGUGUGAAUGUUCUGCCAAAAGUUUUAAAUGGCAGAAAAUGUGUUCAAAUGGAGGGGAGCUAUUCUCGGGGUCUGCACCAAAAACCUAUCACUUGUUCAUCUGCUUAUUUCUGCCCUAAUUUUUUUUAUUAAAAUCUGUGAAGUAAUUUUUGGGUAUCCUUGUGACAGCUAACAAACCUGUUUGGGACUGGCUUGGCUCGACAGACUUGUUUUUAUAUGAGCAGGAUUCUUUGUGCCAGUUAUAUUACAACUUCUUGUUUUGCUGUUCAUAUGUAGUUAGUUUCUUAAACUGUUCAGAUCCUAGUUUACUCUUUUGAAAUGUUUUAAAUGUUUCUUUUUCAAUUCUGUCUUUUUUUUUUUUUUCUUUUUCUGGUGGAUAAAUACUCUAGGUUGUAAAUAAGCAAUAAAAAAUUACUUGGGUCAUUUUGCUCUGUUUGGUAACAAUGUGUAGUAUACUGUAAUGAUCACAUUGUUCCAUGGUUUUAGAGGCAGCAAUGCUGCAGGUAUUGUACCACGAAGUCCCAUCAAAUGUUUGGAAUUUUUGUUUUUUCUUGACAGAAAUAAAAACAUUACUGCUUUUA